UCCGGCGGCCGCUCGCUCCGCUCCGCUCCAACAUUUCCCCCCGGUCCUUCCGACACUUCCAGUCCGGCUUGUGCGCGCCUUCCCCCGGACACCUUCCCCCGUGGACUACCCCUGUUCUGGAUCUUUGACUUGUGGAGUUUUUUUUUUUUUUUUUUUUUUUUUUGUGUGGAUUUUUUCGUACCGCGGGAGACUCGGAUCUUUUCCCGGAGAGGAGCGUGUCGGUGGCGGCUGGUGGGUUUGGAGCUCGGCCGGUUUUGGUUUGGCUGGUGCGCGGCGUGCGGUGCCGAACGCUGGUGCCCGGAGGAGGAGGCGCCUGUGCCGGGGGGGAGAAGGUGAAGCGCACGGGAGUCCGGACGCGGUUCGGUUCGAGUUAAAAAAAAAACAAACCUCCCUCCCCGCCGGACCGCGAUGCCAAGGAACUGUCCAAAAAUGAAGCUCCGGACCGUGUUUUUGACUCUGCUCCUCGGGAUCUCAUCGCUGGGGGGCGUCGUCAGUAGGAUAGUGUCAGUUCCUUCGGGUCCGUUGAUACGAGUGGAGGGGCAGCCCAUCUCCAUCCGCUGUGACGUCAACGACUACGGAGGCCCGGACGAACAGGAUUUCGAGUGGGUGAUGAAGCGGCCCCACAGUUCGGCGCAGAUAAAGAUCAUCUCGACGUUCGACACCGGAUACUCGCACCCGUCGUUGUCGCGCAGAGUGGCGUCCGGCGACAUCUCCAUGGAGCGACUCAAGGACAACGAGGUGGAGCUGCGGAUCUCCGACGUCAAACAGACCGACUCGGGGUUUUACACCUGCCAGACGCCCAGCACCGACUCGGAGAUCAGAGGAAACUACGAGGCCCAAGUGGAGCUCGUAGUGAUCCCGAACACGCUGCGAGUGUCGCCGGCGGCUCCGGUGCCCGUGGUGUCGGAGAGCGGAGACGUGCUGCUGUCGUGUAACGUGACGCGGGAGCUGACCCAGCCCACCUACCUGUCAAUCACCUGGUCCGUCCGCAAGUCCAAGACCCUGGACACGGAGGAGAUCCUGUCGUUCGGACCGCAGGGCGAGGUGACCGCGGGCCGCACCUACGAGCGCAGGUACUCGGACGGCGGGAUCCGGCUGGUCCCGGGGCGCGGCGGCGUGUUCGAUCUGGUCAUCACCAAGGUAACGACCUCUGACGAGGGGACGUACGGCUGCACGGGCACAGAGUGGACGCACGAGAGCAGCGGACACUGGCUCCAGAUCGUCCAGAGCACCAAAGAAAUGGGACCAGUCACCGUCACGCCCAUCAGUCAGUCUCUGACGGUGUCGGCGUCGCUGCUCUCCGCCGCCGUCCUCACGCCAGGCUCCUCCCUCUCCCUCCUCUGCACCGUCGCCGUCGACAACCAGCCCCAGAUCGGCCUGGAGGUCACGUGGCUCCUGAACGGGCGCGACCUCAUCACCAUGGCGAUGAACGGCGUGGUCGUCUCCAACGGCACCAACUACCGCUCGGACGCCAGCCUGGAGCUCGUGGCCCCGGGGCAGGUGCGGCUCGGCGUGCGCGGGGUCGGCGCCGACGACGAGGGCGCCUACUCCUGCAGGGUCAGGGCGUUCGUGGACAAGGGCGGCAGGAGCUCGGGCGGCGGCGGCAGGUGGCACCUGGCGGCGGAGAAGAUGUCCACGACGGUGAACGUGAAGGUGGCGCAGAUCAAGCCCAGUUUCACUUUGACCCUUGAACCCGUCGCGACCCCGAAGUUGACCUCUGACCCCAUGGAGCUGGCGUGUCACGUGACCAACAUCACCAACCUGCCCCCAGGAGGAAGACUCGCCGUUACCUGGCAACACAGCACCGGAACAGGAAGUGGUCCUCAGAGCUUGAAUCCCAUUGGCUCGUUGGACGCGGGGGGGAACCUGUUGCCGGGGGCGACGUACUCGGACCGUCUGGACCGAGGAGUCGUGACGUUACACCGAGUCCAGCCCGACACGUUCAGGCUCCGCUUCACCCGCACACAGGAGGUGGACAUGGGGCUGUACUCGUGUUUAGUCUCGGCCUGGACCCCGAACUCACAGGGAGGAUUUAUAAAAACAACAGAACAACCGAGUCCAGCGCUUCCUGUUAAAUGGGAACUGAAACGUCCGGUUCUGCACGUCGUGGCCAAAACGGUGCGCGAGGCGACGGUGGGCGGAGCUACGUUUGAGAUGAGCUGCUCGAUGACGACGGAGAAUCUGGGGGAGGCGGGGUUUUCCGUCCUCGUCCAAUCACAGGACAGCGUCGGCGCCGUCGUCAAAACCAUCAUGUCCCUGAGUCCGGACGGUGUGGUUCAGCACGGAGGAGCCACCGACCCCAAACGCAGGGAUCAGUUGGUCCUGUUGAAGUCCGGAGCGUCGGAGUUCCGUUUCCGUGUGGGCGGAGUCCAGCUCUCGGACCGCGGCUUUUACUGGUGCGACAUCACGGCGUUCACCAAACAGAACCCGGGCCAGACCUGGACCAGGGCCACCAGCGCCGAGUCCAACAAGAUCAAGGUCCACUACCAGGAGAACGGUCCGUCCUUCUCCGUCGCUCUGCGCUCCGACGCCACCACCGUGUUUCCGUGGGAGACGGCCAAGAUGGAGUGUGACCUGAGCGUGUCCGGGUCGGCGCCAAAAUCAGGUACGAAACACGAACGCCACGACGUGUCCGCGGCUCCGCCCCCUCCAGCAGAGACAAUUAGUUUAAUGAUUUUGGCCGUAUCCUGUCAGACCAGUUUGGAUCGACCGUUAACAAAACCCAAAUGA